AUGGCUGGGGGAUCAAAGAGGUCUAAAAGAGCAAGACUUGAUGAUAGUGAAUCAGAAGACAUAAGCGACGAAGAGAACCUUCAGGUGGAAGGCGAGAUUGAAGAUGAUAAAUUUCCUGAUGGGAUAGAGGAUGACGAAGGAGAUAGCAUGGAAGAUGAUGAUGACGAGGGAGAGAGUGAUGAAGACGAAGAAGGAGAAGGAGAUAGCGAGAAAGAUGAUGAUGAAGGAGAUAACAAGGAAGAGAAGGACGGAGAAAGCGAUGGAUUUGAAGAUGGAAAUGACGAAGAGAGUAAGAGUGGCGAUGAAGAUAACGAAGGCAAUAAAGAUGCCGAGAUGGAAGAGCUUGAAAAAGAAUAUGUUGAGCUCCGUUCACAAGAACAGGAUAUAUUGAAGAACUUGAAGCGUGAUAAGGGUGAGGGUGCAGCUAAAGGCCAAGCAGUGAAGAACCAGAAGGUUCUUUGGGAUAGGACUCUGGAGCUCAGAUUCUUACUUCAGAAAUCAUUUAGUAGUUCUAACAGAUUGCCGCAGGAGGCUGUUAAAUCGUGUUUUUGUUCGGAAGAUGAGAAGGUCUCAACAGCAUAUACAGAUCUAAUUACUUCUUCUAAGAAGACACUAGAUUCCCUCUUGGAGUUGCAAGAGGCUUUGCUCGAGAAGAAUCCCUCAGUUGAUCAACAAGUAAAUGGAACAGCUACUUCAGUGGGUUCAGAAUCCAGUAAAUCAGAUGCAGAAGAUAGCGAUGAAUGGCAGCGAAUAUCUGACUUGCAAAAAAGAAUGUCUGUGUUCCGAAACAAGGCUGUGGACAAAUGGCAGAGGAGAACACAAGUCACAACUGGUGCAGCUGCUAUUAAAGGAAAGCUCCACGCCUUUAACCAGAACGUGAGCGAACAGGUUGCUUCUUACAUGAGGGAUCCAAGUAGAAUGAUUAAACAAAUGCAGCAAUCAAGGUCUACUGUUGCUGUUUUUGGAACUGUGCCCAAGGAAGCCAUGGAACCAAAUCAAGAAGAGAAACAAGUAGAAGGAGAUCCUGAACUUGUGGAGGAUGCUGAAUUAUACCAGCAGUUGCUAAAGGAGUUCCUUGAGACCAUCGAUCCAGCUUCCUCUGGUAUAUUUUGGUAUAUUGCCGAGGCGGCUUUCUAUGUGAUGAAGAAAUUUCAGACGAAGAAGAGUAGACUUGUGGAUCGGCGUGCCUCUGAGUGCAGAAAGAUCAGGUAUAAUGUUCAUGAGAAGAUGGUCAACUUCAUGGCUCCACGACCUGUUAGGAUUCCUCCAAACACUGCUGAUUUGCUCAAGAAUCUCUUCGGUCUCAAGACCAGAAACGUUCCGUCUGAAGCAUAG